UAAGAAUGGUAAUGAAUAUAUUUGAGGAAGUGGAAUGUGGUUGGAGGGACGGACAGACAGGCAGACUGUGACAGGAACAUACAAAUUCGAGAGCGGUGAUUUUGAUAGACAAGGAGCAUUAUGAACAUCUCGGAGUCUGAGUUGGAGACGUACGACUAUGAUUAUAAUUCCACCUGCGAUCAGGGUGCCAGUCUGGAGUUACCUUAUAGUGUCUUGCCAGUUCUUUGCUACAUGCUGUUUUGUCUCGGCAUGCUGGGUAACACCACAGUUCUCUGGGUUCUCCUCCGGUUCAUAAAGCUGAAGACUAUGACGGACGUGUGCCUCCUCAACCUGACCCUGUCUGACCUCAUACUGGCUGUAUCUCUGCCCCUCUGGGCCUACAAUUCCCACAACCUUGCAUUAUGCAAAUUGAUGACAGGAGUCUAUCAGCUGGGUUUCUACAGUGGGACUUUGUUUGUGACCUUCAUGAGUGUGGACCGCUACCUGGCCAUCGUCCACGCAAUUGCAGCCAUGCAAGCCUGGACAAUUCGCUGUGGAAUCAUCGCCAGCAUCACUAUCUGGUUUAUAUCAAUCACUGCGGCAGUCCCCCAGGUGAUAUUUGCCGCCUUGGAGAUAGAUCCCGAGGAUAACAGUUCCUACUGCCAGCCACUGUAUCCAGAGGACAGGCAACAGUUUUGGAAGAUGCUGCGAAACUUCAGUGAGAACACAGUAGGCCUUUUUGUGUUCUUCCCCAUCAUGAUUUUCUGCUAUGUGAAUAUCCUUGUUGUGCUGUCCAAGUCCAGGAAUUCCAAAAAGGACAAAGCUGUGAGGCUGAUAUUCACCAUAGUGUGUGUGUUUGCGGUGUGCUGGGUCCCCUACAACAUUGCUGUUUUCCUUCAGACGCUGCAGCUGUUUGACAUCCUGAGCAUCUGCGAGACUUCGAAAAUCAACUCUGCAAUAGCCUUUACUGAGAUCAUUGCACUGUCUCACUGCUGCUUGAAUCCAGUCAUCUAUGCAUUUGUAGGGGAGAAAUUUAGGAAGUCACUGAGCAAUGCGCUGUCUAGAUAUCUCUGCUGCCGUCGACAGAGCACAUGGACUUUCAGCUACAAAGACACAACAGAGAAAGAUACUUCGGACACACCUGUGAAUUCAGAUUAUUAGGAAUGAUAAUCUUGCUUCUGUCUUUUUGGUGCAUGUGUUUGUGAAAUGUCACAAGAUAAGCAUCAUAAAAAAAAUAAAUAAAUAAAUAAAAAAACAAUGAGGUGAUGGUUAAGACCCACAGACAAUAACAGGAGAUAACUAGACACCACUUAGACACCAGCAGCAACAAUCUGAGCUUUUUCAAGGUAAUGUGCAAACCAUGCAGGAAAAUAGUGAAGUUAGUUAAAGUUUACUGAAGUUAGUAAAAUGGUAAUAUCAUACACCUAAAAUAUAAUCUAUUCAGCACAGAGUUGUAAAACACAUCGAUUGAAGAUCAUAGCACAUCAUUAGUAAAUAAAGUACAAUGUUGUAAAUACAUUAGCCAUUCAAGACUGAUCAAUGGACAAAGGAUAUAAUUUUCAUGAGGAACCUUCAGAGUUGAGGAGCCACAGAGAGUUAAGGAUCUCGCUGGCAUCUUCGGAUUUUGCUCUGGUCUGAAACUGUUUACUAGAGGAGAGAUGAGAGUAUACUUUUUCAAAUUUGGGGAUUAGCUUGGAAGUACCAACUAGUCUUCCACUGUUGGGUGUUUAUGUACUCUAAUGUUAAAAGUUGAAUGGUGGGAAAAUGUAUUUUACUUCAUGAACGGACUGAAAGGAGAGGUGAAAAGGAAGACAAAUUAGAGUCUCUAGUGAGUAUGGAGUUUGGUCAAAGGCUGAACUGAAGUUAAACACACAGGCAGACGUAUACCCCCUGGUACAAUUAGCCUCGCUAGCUUACAACUAAUUGUAAAGUAAAGUAUUCUGGCUGUCUGUGGCAAAUAAAUACUCACACAAGUAACAUAAAUUAACAUAAAUGAUCCUGCAAGACAAAAAUGAGCUUCUCUGAAACUGCUCUCAUCCUGAUGUAGGAAUUCAGAACAUAUUACUGCUAACACUAUUAAAUCCUGUAAGACUGGAUGGAUUAAAAGGAUUGUAUUGUGUGUGUCACAUUAAUGAAGAACAAUGGUGGUGAGGAAAA